AUGUGCACGGGGUCUAUGUGCACGGGGUCUAUGUGCACGGGGUCUAUGUGCACGGGGUCUUUGUGCACGGGGUCUAUGUGCACGGGGUCUAUGUGCACGGGGUCUAUGUGCACGGGGUCUAUGUGCACGGGGUCUAUGUGCACGGGGUCUUUGUGCACGGGGUCUUUGUGCACGGGGUCUAUGUGCACGGGGUCUAUGUGCACGGGGUCUAUGUGCACGGGGUCUAUGUGCACGGGGUCUAUGUGCACGGGGUCUUUGUGCACGGGGUCUUUGUGCACGGGGUCUUUGUGCACGGGGUCUAUGUGCACGGGGUCUUUGUGCACGGGGUCUAUGUGCACGGGGUCUAUGUGCACGGGGUCUAUGUGCACGGGGUCUUUGUGCACGGGGUCUAUGUGCACGGGGUCUAUGUGCACGGGGUCUAUGUGCACGGGGUCUAUGUGCACGGGGUCUAUGUGCACGGGGUCUUUGUGCACGGGGUCUUUGUGCACGGGGUCUAUGUGCACGGGGUCUAUGUGCACGGGGUCUAUGUGCACGGGGUCUAUGUGCACGGGGUCUAUGUGCACGGGGUCUAUGUGCACGGGGUCUAUGUGCACGGGGUCUUUGUGCACGGGGUCUUUGUGCACGGGGUCUUUGUGCACGGGGUCUUUGUGCACGGGGUCUUUGUGCACGGGGUCUAUGUGCACGGGGUCUAUGUGCACGGGGUCUAUGUGCACGGGGUCUUUGUGCACGGGGUCUUUGUGCACGGGGUCUUUGUGCACGGGGUCUUUGUGCACGGCACGGGGUCUAUGUGCACGGGGUCUUUGUGCACGGCUUCUUUGUGCACGGGGUCUUUGUGCACGGGGUCUUUGUGCACGGGGUCUAUGUGCACGGGGUCUUUGUGCACGGGGUCUAUGUGCACGGGGUCUAUGUGCACGGGGUCUUUGUGCACGGGGUCUUUGUGCACGGGGUCUAUGUGCACGGGGUCUUUGUGCACGGGGUCUUUGUGCACGGGGUCUAUGUGCACGGGGUCUUUGUGCACGGGGUCUUUGUGCACGGGGUUUUUGUGCACGGGGUCUUUGUGCACGGCACGGGGUCUUUGUGCACGGGGUCUUUGUGCACGGGGUCUUUGUGCACGGGGUCUAUGUGCACGGGGUCUUUGUGCACGGGGUCUUUGUGCACGGGGUCUAUGUGCACGGGGUCUUUGUGCACGGGGUCUUUGUGCACGGGGUUUUUGUGCACGGGGUCUAUGUGCACGGGGUCUUUGUGCACGGGGUCUUUGUGCACGGGGUCUUUGUGCACGGGGUCUUUGUGCACGGGGUCUUUGUGCACGGGGUCUUUGUGCACGGGGUCUAUGUGCACGGGGUCUUUGUGCACGGGGUCUAUGUGCACGGGGUCUAUGUGCGCGGGGUCUAUGUGCACGGGGUCUAUGUGCACGGGGUCUUUGUGCACGGGGUCUAUGUGCACGGGGUCUUUGUGCACGGGGUCUAUGUGCACGGGGUCUUUGUGCACGGGGUCUAUGUGCACGGGGUCUUUGUGCACGGGGUCUUUGUGCACGGGGUCUUUGUGCACGGGGUCUUUGUGCACGGGGUCUAUGUGCACGGGGUCUUUGUGCACGGGGUCUUUGUGCACGGGGUCUUUGUGCACGGGGUCUUUGUGCACGGGGUCUUUGUGCACGGGGUCUUUGUGCACGGCACGGGGUCUAUGGAUGCUACUUGGCGCCGCCUCAAUGCCUCGCACUCCACGGGCGCUCCCUUGCCUCCUUGA